AUGUCUGGGAGCGCGGGUUAUGAUCGGCACAUCACAAUCUUUUCAGAUCAAGGUCGUUUAUAUCAAGUCGAAUAUGCCUUCAAGGCCAUCACAGCUGCAAACAUUACAUCGGUUGGAGUGAGAGGCAAGUCAUGUGCGGUCGUACUCUCACAAAAGAAAGUGCCUGACAAGCUCAUCGAUCCUUCCUCCGUCUCCCACGUCUUCAAGAUCUCAUCUUCAGUCGGCUGCGUCAUGACUGGUUCAAUAGCAGACGCAAGAGCCUCAGUAGAUCGUGCUCGAGGCGAGGCUGCAGAAUUCAGAUACAAGAAUGGCUAUGAGAUGCCGUGUGACGUUCUGGCCAAACGUCUAGCAAACAUCAACCAAGUCUACACUCAAAGAGCCUACAUGAGACCACUGGGUGUGGCAACAACAUUGGUGUCGGUCGACGACGAGUUUGGCCCCCAAUUAUACAAGUGUGAUCCUGCCGGUUACUACGUUGGCUACAAAGCAACAGCUUCCGGGCCUAAACAACAGGAGGCGCUCAACCAUCUCGAGAAGAAGCUGAAGAACAAAGAUGCUGCCCCUGGAAGCUGGGAGGAGGUUGUCGAAUUAGGCAUCGGCACACUUAGCACGGUGCUAAGCGUUGACUUCAAGAAGGGUGAACUGGAGAUUGGCAUUGUGGGUGGACCCAAGGCUGAUGGAAGCGAAGGGGUAGAACGAGAGUUCCGGACGUUAACUGAAGAUGAGAUUGAAGAGCGACUUCAAGCCAUUGCUGAGCGUGAUUGA